AUGAUUCACUUUUUGCUGCUGAUCAGCCGACAAGGCAAGGUCAGGCUAGGCAAGUGGUACUCGACAUAUAGCCAGAAGGAGCGCGCGAAAAUCAUCAAGGACGUCUCAGGGAUGAUCCUCGGGCGCAGCUCGAAGCAGUGCAACUUCCUGGACUUCCGGGACCAGAAGAUCGUGUACAAGCGGUACGCGUCGCUCUACUUCGCCGUGGCCAUCGACGCGGAGGACAACGAGCUGCACGCCAUGGACACCGUGCACCACUUCGUCGAAUGCCUGGACCGCCUCUUCGGGAACGUCUGCGAACUCGACCUCAUCUUCAACUUCCACAAAGCCUACUACAUCCUCGACGAGGUGCUCCUAGGGGGGGAGUUGCAGGAGUCCUCCAAACUGAACGUCGUGCGGACGGUGGAGGCGCACGACGAGAUCGUCGAGCAGGCCAAGAUGGGCCUCCUCGACGCGGACGACCCCAACGCCGGCGCCUCCGGCGGGCGGCCUCUGGGCGGCGCAGGGGGGGGGUUUUGA